ACUUUUUUAAUUUUGGACAGCCCGAAGUGUGUCUGAGCUACGCCACAAAGUCACGUGGGGUGAAAAUUUUCCUCCUGAAAACUGCAAUCAUGGAUAACGAAAAUAACGAAAGUGAAAUUUUUCGCUCUAGUUCGUCAAAUGAUGACGAACCUACACUGGACUUGGAUCUUAAUGCUCUACAACAGCUUGCUUCCAGUCGCUUAAACAGACAUUGUGUUCACACUCGUAGACUAACAAAAGGACUCUAUAAUGAAAUUUAUUUAUUACAAUUCGAGGCUGGACCAGACUGCAUCGCCCGACUCUCAUGUGAUCUAAACCACCCUGCAGCAAAAUUCGCUAGUGAAGUUGCGACUAUGAAGUAUAUCGCUCAAAACACCAGUAUCAAAGUGCCAGAAGUAUACGAUUGGGAUGGCACUGUGCAUAAUCCCAUAAAAAUCCCUUACAUUCUCAUGGAACGGCUACCUGGACAACACUUAUAUCGAGUUUGGGAUAAGUUAACGGUUGAAAAAAAGAAGUGUGUUUUAAGCCAAAUUGUCGACACGUUGCUCUUGAAGAGAUCGGAUGUCUUUACAUGGACUCUAUGACGUCAACUUUUCGAAUAGGACCUAUUGUGGAUCCUGUAUUUUAUGUUGAGGGAAGAAAUGCCAUUCCUAGUUCCGCCGGCCCUUUUAGAAGCAUGCAGGAAUUAUUUGACGCCUUGAUUCAAAAAGAAAAAAAUUUCUUCGAGAUUCAUGGUGUGCAAGAACUUAUGAAAAAGCAGAAAAUGGAUCAGAUAACGGCAGCAAGUCAAGUGGCAAAUCUAAUAGAACAAAUGAUCACUCUUCAAGCCAAGUUAUUCAAACCUUUUGAUAAAUCGAUAGAUCAAAAACCAUUUUUUCUUGUUCAUGGUGAUUUCGAUGCGCAAAACAUACUCGUUGAGCGUUCAGUUAAUGAUGAAAUCAAAAUUGUAGGUAUCAUUGAUUGGGAGUUUUCACGUACAGGAACUUUAUGGAAUUUGUGCCAGUAUCCAAUAUGGAUCCAAGAA